AUGCUCACACUGCGUAUGUCAGCCGAUAGGAUCAACACAGCGGAUUGUAAAAUGAUGGAUACUACAUGUUCUGAUAGUGAGAAUGAUGAAGUCAUCUUAGACUUAUGUAAACAGUUGAACAUUAAAGUUCCUUCAAAAAAUAAAAAACCAAGAAACAUAACAACACAAGACUUGGAGAAUAUAAAUAUUGCAAACUUACCUGUUCAAAUAUUACCUGAUUUUUUACCUGUAUACGAGGAACAACCACAACAAACUUCUGCUUCUUGUGAAAAACAGCUACAAGAAACCCUUCCUAUUUCAUGCGAAGAACACCCACAAGAAACCGCUUCUACUUCAUGUGCAGAACAGCCACAAGAAACCGCUUCUAAUUCAUGUGAAGAACAGUCACAAGAAACUGCUUCUGCUUCUUGUGAAAACCAGGCACAAGAAAUUGCUCUUAUAUCAUGCGAAGAACAGCCACAAGAAACCGCUUCUACUUCAUGUGAAGAACAGCCACAAGAAACUGCUUCUGCUGGAAAACAGUAUCAAAAUCAAACAUCUGAUGUUAGGUCUUUUGUAGAACCGCAACAAGAAACUGUUUCUCGUUCAUCCGAUGAUGAAUAUGGUGAUCUGAAUUCAAACAGAAAAAGAAGUUUAAAGAGAUUUGGGGACCCUAAUAAAUGGGAUAAGUCUGUAACAAAAAAUAAACGAAUGAAAGGAGAGGAGUACAUAGGAUAUCGCAGGGACAAAAAAGUAAAAAGAAAUGAGAAAUUUAAAGUACUCCAUGACAUACAACGUCCAGCUCGUGAAAUGGGUCCAAAGUGCACAUCUACUUUUUGUAAUAAAUCUAAGGUUCGUGGAUGUUCCAGCCUGAAUGAUGAUGAGAGGCAAAAUAUUUUUUCUAAGUUCUGGAAACAUAUGACAUGGGAGCAAAGAAAACAGAGGAGUGAUAGCAAACAAUAUUUUUUGAGUACUUCUAUCGGACGAAUCCAAGUGUGUAUGCAGACAUUUCUAAGGACCCUAGGUUUGAAAGAGUCUACAGUAAGAUGCUGGAUGUCAUCUUCGGAACACGGCAUAGCUAAAUCUUCCACUAGUAAUGAACACCAAGAACGCAUUAUUAAGAAAGAGGAUCUGGCAUUCCUUAAAGAGUUUUUUGCUUCCUUACCAAAGAUGCCCUCUCAUUAUUGCAGAGCAAACACUUCAAAGCAGUAUUUAGAGCCAAUUAUCGAAGAUAAGACCAAACUUUACAAAUUGUACGGUGCAGAGUGCGAAAAAGCUGAAAGAGCUCCUGUCAGCCGCUGGACCGUAAACAGAGUUUUUGAUGAGCUGAACUUGAGCCUAUUUACUCGAGAAAAAAGAUCGAUGUGA